CGGGGACCGGGGCAGACCGGAGACAGGCUUCCCGGCCCGUCAGCCUCUUCCGCUUCCGCACUGCCAUCCCGGAGGGCGGGCCGAGGAGCCGAGCCGCAGAGCACGAUUGUGACACCUGGCGGAGACGUGGGAGGGAACCGGGAGAGCCAGCUUGAGGAGAGGUGGGAGGAUGGAGAAGCUGGGAAGUGCAGAUUUCUUGCCCCGGAGUGUUCCUGCCCGACAAGGAAGCUGUGUACCUUGGAGUCUACCUUCUGAAUCAGUACCUGGAGACAGACUGCUUCCCCCCUGUGUUCCCUAUUGUGAUUCAACAGAGCAUGAGAUUUGAAAAGGUAUUUGAAGAGGCAAUGGAUCCUGGAGCUGUCGCAGAACUUUUAGAAAGCUUCCUAACCAGGUUUGAAUUAGUACAGCUAGUGUCUCCAGCAUGGGAAGAGUUGGCCUACUAUGAAAAAAACACCCGAGAUUUCCUGUUCCCUGAGCCCAAGCUGGCACCCUCACACCUUGGCAUGCAGAGGGAGGUGCUCAUGAAGACAGCUAUUUGGUUUCCAGGCAUUGCUCCCAAAAUAGAGUUUUCUACAAGGACAGCCAUCCUAGAAUGUGUGUUCCCGUGUAAAAACAGAUUUCUUUGUGAAGAAAGGUGUAAAUUGCAAAGGUCUGCCUCAAAAUCGCACGGACAGAGAGUCCAGGAAAAUAACAGGAAAAAGAAGCCAAAGGAAAAAAAUUCUGACCAACUCCCCAAAGGCACACAGUCCCGGGUACCCUCCCCUCAACGUCUCCAUCUCCAUCGGCCGACUCAACGCAACCAUGGAAAAAGCUUCAAGUUCCCGGGAGAAAGGAAGCCUCCAUUUGUGGUUAGACAUGUGGACAGUGGAAACCCCUUUGGUGAAAAUAAUUUGGAGCACCGUUCACAGAAGUCCAAAAGAAAACCUAAGUUAAUGAACUUUGAUCUUUCGAAGAGAAGAGCAUCUUCUCUUCACAGCCUGGAGGCGAACAUAAAGGUUAUUCGAGAGCCAGAUGAGCGGAUUGUCUUAAAGAACCAGCCACCACCACCUUUAGAUUCAAGUGAGUCCAGAAAGCCCUCGCUCAAUCACCAAGGAGAUGUCAGUUUCCACCCAGACACUUCAGUUACGACCUCACAGCUCUCCAGACCUCCCAGCCCUCUGGACCAUCCUCUUCUCCAAGAAAGGGGAACAUGAAUGAAGGAUGAAGAGUUCACUCACCGAGACACUGACAUUUGAACACCAUCCCCUGUUGUCUGGGUUGACUUCCUGGUGCCUAGCCCUUGUUAAUUCAAACCUUAUACUCGGUCUUUUGUGCCCAAGGUAAGAAUUGUUGAUUAAAUUCUGUCUGGGGCUCUCAUUCACUUGUCACCUGGAGAAUUUGUGUCUUCCGUUGUGUUUAUUUUGAGCAUGAAAAAUAGAAAAAAAAACAUAAUUAGAAGUUUAUCAGGGGCUUUUCCAUUUGCAAAUCAUUUAAAAUUGUAGCAAACACAUAAAAAAUUGUAACAAAUAUGUCUUACGUGAGACAGGGCAUUGAUUAUUUUGGGAGAUAACCUGAUAAUUCAGCUGGGAAAAGACCAUCAACUUGGUUUUCUCUUUCUGAUAAAUCUGAUUUUGUGUUUCAUUUUCUCAUAUUAAGCUCAAAUGACAUCAAGUCCCUGAUUAAAGCCCAAGAAAAAGAGUAUUAACAUCUGAAGAGUUCAGAUCUCAUUUUAACACUUAAUUUUCUAAGAUGAAUUUUCAUGAGGGAUUAAUUUCUGUAGUUUAAA